GCCAGAAUCCUUCACUUCCUUGUUUACAGCGAGCGUUCUAAGCACCUUAGUCAGUCAAGAUGGUACAGAACAACAUAAAGUUGAGCAGCGGGUAUGAAAUGCCCGUUGUUGAUAUGGGAGUAUGGCGCGCCGGGUCGAGCGUCCAAAAUUUAGUAGUGGAGGCCGUGAAACUGGGAUACCGUCAUUUUGACUGUGCCGCUGAUUAUAAAAACGAGAAGGAGGUUGGAGCUGGGCUUGCCAAAGCGAUCCGCAAGGGUAUGGUGAAACGUGAAGACGUAUUCAUCACCACCAAGCUCUGGAACUCCGAUCACAAGCAUGUCCGAGCUGCUUGUGAAGACAGCCUGAAGAAUCUGCAGUUAGAGUACCUAGACCUGUACUUGAUUCACUUCCCUGUAGCGAUCCGUCAUACUGGUGUGGGAAAGACCGACAGCCCAACCGGAGAAGAUGGUGUGUUAGACAUUAAUGUCACCGUUUCUCUAGAAACAGUAUGGCACCAUAUGGAGGAACUAGUUGAUGCAGGUCUUGUGCGCAGUAUUGGUAUCAGCAAUUACGACAUUUUUUUGACAAGAGACUGCUUGGCUUACUCUAAGAUCAAGCAUGCAGUUAACCAGAUUGAAACUCACCCUUACUUCCAAAGAGGCGACCUCGUGAAGUUUUGCCGGAAGCACGGCAUUGCAGUCACUGCUCAUACCCCUCUUGGUGGUGGUUCUGCAAACACUGAGUGGUUCAACUCUGUUUCAGCCAUCGACGAUCCCGUUUUGAAAGAAAUUGGCGCCAAGUACGGAAAGAGCCCUGCUCAAGUAGCUCUCAGAUGGGGAACUUUUUCAACAGGCCGAUUUCUGUGUCUGCGCGGCCGAUGUCCGGCAAUUUUGCUGCACCAUUCAGAAGACAUACAUUCAUUCUCGGCUCUCGCAGCUCUUCUCUGACGUCCCUUGACCUAAGUUCUUGCACGACCCCCGA